AAAGGAAUCAAUGAUGACUGAAAAACUGCAUCAAAAUGCUUGCAAACUUCUUGCUGAGUUCAAAAUCGUUAACGGUAUUUCCGCUCUUGUAGGCGCUAUGAGUCUUGUCACGGUGAUCUUUGAAGGCGCAAAAGUAGAAGAAGACAAGAUCUCCCUACUCGCGGCGACGAGCUUCCUUGUAGGCGCAACCAUAACAUCCACGAUGGAGCUUGUAGUCGCUACACUGUUGUCCUUUGCAUACCAAGAUAGAUUUGAAAAAGACUUCGCCACUAGUACUGGUGGGACUCCGAUUUUGCUAUGGGCACCAAGCUUUAUGGCGUACAUAGCCGCUGCACAAUUCGUCGCAGGUCUGAUUCUUUGGAGAGCUUCGAUAUCACCAACCUGGUGUACCGUCUUUUUUAUUGCAGUGUUGUUUGGCCUAGUGUGGGUCACAAUGGCGGCCGCUGUGAGCAUCUGGAAGAACCGAUCGAAAACCGGCAGGCGGGGCUAGGAGUGGCGAUGCAAACCCGGAGCAAAGUAUCACGACCGGACGCCCUACACCUGCCGCCGCAAUCUUUAGGAUCGGUGGUUUCCACAUCAUGCGUUCGUUGGUAGCCUCGGGAGCCCACUAUGUAGGUGCUGCCACUGCAAUUACUAAUAGAACGAUCUGUAUACAUGCAAGGACUAGGUAGAUGACGGGCGUGUGAUUUGGUUCUUAAGGAUGGAGGAGGUGGCAAUAACGCGAUUACUGUAUUUCGAUGCCGAGCUAGAGUAGUACAAUUGAAUUUCCUUUCACGAGAAACCUUCUUGGUUGGAGCCAGGGACGUAGAGAGG